AUGGCUUUCAAGUUCGUAGCUCUCCUUGCUUUAGUGGCUGUUGCCAAUGCCGGAUACGUCCAACAUGCCCCAGUAGCAUAUUCUGCCGCUCCAGCAGCAGUUGUACACCAUUCUGCUCCAGUUGCUUAUGCUGCCGCACCAGUUGCUGUCGCUCAUGCCCAACCUGUCCUCGCCAAGGCCGUCGAUGAAUACGAUCCUCAUCCACAGUACAAAUUUGCCUACGAUGUUCAAGACUCUCUCUCAGGAGACUCCAAGAGCCAAAGCGAAACCCGUGAUGGAGAUGUUGUCCAAGGAGAAUACUCCCUGAUCGAUGCUGAUGGAUACAAGAGGACCGUUCACUACACCGCCGAUCCCGUUAACGGAUUCAACGCUGUUGUCGACCGUCAGCCACUUGGACAUGUUGUCAAGACCUCAGCUCCUUUGGCUUACGCUUCUGCUCCAGUAGCUUACUCUGCACCAGCUCACUACGCUUCUGCCCCAGUAGCUUACUCCGCACCAUCUCACUACGCUUAUUCUGGUCCAGUUGUAGCUAAAGCAGCUUAUGCCUACGCCCACUAGGAGAGCAAACUCUA